CCUCUCUCACUCUGCAGUUUCAUAAUAGAGCCAUCAGGGGGAGGGACUUCUGCAGACACAAAAGCCUGAUGGUGCUGCCACAAGAGACAGAAAACAAGAGAGACGCUAAAGGAGCUGUGUCUGAGCUGCAGCCAUGAGGAGACUGCACCAGCUGUAGUUUUCUCUCAAGUUUCUCAUCAGCUGUGUGUCUGACAGGAGUCAGAAAUCAACAGGAGCGCACCUCUCUGCAUCAGCAGGGCUGGACUUGCGGAGAAAAGCCUUAAAGGAGAUAAACCACGUCAAUGAAGACACCUGGCAUGGCGGUGUUUAAGCAACAGAAUGUGGAAGAUUUCUAUGAAAUUGGAGAAGUCCUUGGAAGUGGGCAGUUUGCAAUUGUCAAACGAUGUAAAGAGAAGAGUACCGGCACCGAAUACGCAGCCAAGUUCAUCAAGAAGCGUCAGAGUCGGGCCAGCAGACGUGGUGUAAGGAGAGAGGAGAUUGAGAGGGAAGUGCACAUCCUGCAGCAGAUCCAGCACCCCAACAUCAUAUCUCUACAUGAUGUAUACGAGAACCGCACAGAUGUGGUGCUCAUCCUCGAGCUGGUGUCUGGAGGAGAGCUUUUUGAUUUCUUGGCGCAAAAGGAGUCUCUCAGUGAAGAGGAGGCCACUCAGUUUAUCAAACAAAUCCUCGAUGGAGUCCAGUACCUUCACUCCAAGGGGAUCACACAUUUUGAUCUGAAGCCUGAAAAUAUAAUGCUGUUGGACAGGAAUGUUCCUCUACCUCGCAUCAAACUCAUAGACUUUGGACUGGCACACAAAAUAGAAGCUGGGACUGAUUUCAAAAACAUUUUUGGGACCCCUGAAUUUGUUGCUCCAGAGAUAGUCAACUAUGAGCCACUGGGAUUGGAGGCAGACAUGUGGAGCAUUGGAGUCAUCACAUAUAUACUUUUGAGCGGCGCGUCGCCUUUCCUCGGUGACACGAAGCAGGAAACGCUGGGAAACAUCUCGGCGAUGAACUACGACUUCGACGAGGAGUUCUUUAGCAACACGAGCGAGCUGGCCAAGAGUUUCAUCAGACAGCUCUUGGAGAAGGACAGGAGAAAACGAAUGACAAUACAAGAAGCCCUCAAUCAUCAUUGGAUUAAGUCCUGUGGCCCCACAGAAGAGAAUAACACUGCCCCUGAGGUGGAGAAGAAAGCGGAGCAGCUGAAGACAAAGCGUCUAAAGGAGUACACCAUCCAGUCCCACUCCAGCAUGCCACAGAAUAACACCUAUGCCAACUUUGAACGUUUUGCCCACGUGGUGGAGGACGUCAGUCUGAUGGAGACGGGACUGUCGGAGGUGGCAGGAGCCCACCACACUCUGCAGGGUGAUAUCGAAGCACUGCUCUCCAUCUACAAUGACAAGGAGGCCUGGUACAAGGAGGAGAGCGAGACUGCAAGGAAACAGCUGUCCCAGGUUCGCUACGAGUUCCGCAAAGUGGAGGCCACGAGGAGACAGCUGCAGGAGGACAUGAAGGCUAUAGAUGCCAGUCUGGAGAGCAUCAGUGGGAAGUACAACCAGAGGCAGAGUCAGCUGGACGCUCUGAGGCAGGAGCUAAACUCCGAGCUGCAGUGGCUGCAGGAAGUGAUGACCUCUCUGCACCCGGAAGGAGCCAACGGCAGUGUCCUCAGCAGCAGUCUGAAUACGGACGUGAAGCAGGCGCUGAUGGAGCUGCUGCAUCGGUCCUGCAGGAGGGAGUUGUGUCCCGAGGCCAAACAGCCGCUCACAGAGUCUGGCUGACUUACUGAAGUGAAGGCCCACAUUUAUUGAUCUUUUAUUGAGCUUUACAAGCUGUUUUGAAAUCAACACAUUGUUUUUUUUUCCCCAAUACAAAAUUGAGUAGCUUCGUCUUGUGUGAACUCUGUGGUACAUCUGUAUGGUGAAUACGAAACUACAGGCAGACGAUGGUUAGCUCAGCUCAGCAAGUCGGACUCACAGUUUAACACGUUAUAUCUUGUUGAUCUGAGCCUUGCAAAAACUUUGAGUGUAAGUAAAGUGUGAAAACAACAGGUUGUGCUUUUCGAGGGCAGUGAGUGACAACAGCACACCAGGAAGUCAUUAGUUCAGCACAUAACCCCCAGCAAAAAAGGCAACUUGUCAUUUUUUACGCUUAGUUUUUUUGUUUGGGUUAAACAAAUGACAUGUAAAUGAGUGAUUGGUAGGCAGAUUUUGUUAUCUUUGGACAGAGUCAGGUGAGCUGUUUCUCCCAGCUUCCCGUCCUAAACCAAGCUAACUACAGAUAUGAGACAGAUGUAAGAGGGGCGUUCUCAUCUAACUCUGGGCAAAAAAGCAGAUUUCUCAACAUGUUGAACUAGUCCUUUAAGUUGCAAUAAUUAUGACACAAUCAUGUUAUUAAUUUUCUAAAGGUAAAGCGAAAUGAACAGAGGAUUUAUUUAUGCACUGCUCUUGUUUGAGUAUUCGGGUCAGGUAGCUUUUUAUUUAUCUUUGUUGAUGAUAAUGAAGAUGUAUAUUGAUUAUGAAUGUUUUUACUGUGUUAUAAUGAGAAGAACACAGAAGAAGUAUUUUCAAUGGAAGGUACCAGAAGUUCUUUUUGAUUUAUUGAUUUGAUUUAUUUUUUCAUGCCAUUCUAUUUUUUUAGCUUGUGUAUUGACUUCUUUUUUUUUUUUUAAACAAUGGUUAUCCAUUUGUAAGGACAGAUUUGUGCUCCUAAAUGUGUUUUUCAGAUUAUUUUUCAGUGAUUCAAAUUUGCACUUUUACUGAAGGUUGAAUUUAUUUAUUUAUUUAAAAAAUUUUUUUUUUUUUUCUUUCUUGGAGAUGUUCUAUGUGCCGACAAGACAAACAACAUCUAUGAUAAGAUCACGUGUUUGAGAAUGUGUCACCUUCUUGUCAGUGUUUGUUUGCACCUCAACACACAUCAACACACCUAUAAACAUUUUGGCUUUGCCUUUUACAUGCACACUGACAUUUUACACCAUCAAAGCACUGAAAUAAAUGAUCGUUUAUUAUGUA